UUAUUUAUACAACAGUAAAAGAAAAUCUACAAACAAUUUUCCCCCUUUCAUAAACACGGAUUUUAGCAUGCUAUUUAGGCUUGGCAAAAUGAAUAUUUCACUUACCAAAUACGCCUUUUGUUUCCCUACAAAAGAUGAAAAGUUUAAUUAUUGACAUUACCGAAACAAACAAAAGACUCGACCUUACAUCAAAGUGGACAUACUAAUGUUUGACUGAAAGUGUUACUUGUGAAAUGAGAAUUAAACAGUAUCAGUAUUCCUUGACAAUGCUCAAUGCACCAAUGUCAACAUCUUGAAUAGGUUUGCUCUUUGUCGUUGCGCAUAAAUUUCAUCUAUACCACCAAUCGCCAGUUCAAAUACGAUUUUACACUGCUAAGCGGAAAAUUAAGCAAUCCUUUUUCCACCCUCUAAAGUCAAAACGUAAAAGCACCUACCGUACACGUUAUUUCAUUGCCAUUUUCCAGAUAAGCAGCAACAAAAAUGAGUAAUUCCAUUGCCAUUUUCCAGAUAAACAGCAACAAAAAAGUUAUUCCAGAGCGAUUUUCCAGAUAAGCAGCAACCAAAAUUAGUUUUGUAAUUGCAUUACUAACUUUUUAAAGAAGUAGCAACAAAGUUUAGUUGUUCCGUUGCCAUUUUUCAUAUUAAAAGCAACAAAAUCCAGGUAUUUUAGCCAUUUUCCAGAUAAGCAGAAACACAACUUAGUUAUUCCAUCGCGAUUUUUCAGAUAAGCUAAGCACCAACAAAAUUUAGUUAAUCCGUAAUUAUUUUCCAGGUAGGAGAAAACAAAAAAAUAUGGAGAAUUACUACAAAGGGAAAGAAAUACAAGAAGUUGAUUUUUAAAUAAUUUAAGUAAUACAGCAGUUGUUGACCUCUCCAUAUUCAUAUGUUUGGUGGUAGCAAUCCACUUAUAUAAAGUUUAUCGAAAUUUAAAUGUUCUAACAAAUAGCUAUAGUUCUUCGAGAAGAGAACAAGACUGUGUUUAUAAUCCUGGUCUUGGGGCCAGGAGGAAUUUGACGCACAGGUUCAUAACUUAGACACCGAGAAAAGGAGAAGUUUGGCGCACUAGGUUCAUACCUUUGUCACCGAGAACAAGCUGGAUUUGUACUGGUGACAGGAGAAUACAUAAUAUACGCGCUGUGUUCAUAACUCGCAAUUGAGGACAGGAAGAGUUUGAUAAGAGGUAUUACGCUGGGUUUAUAAAUCUUGAACCAAAUACAAUGAGAAUUUAUGCACUUGGUUUUUAACUCUAGUAUCGAGUAGAGAACGAGUUUUUAGACACACCGGGUUCAUAACUGCGAUUAUCUUUUCUGAGUAGUUAUAGCAAAUUAAUAUCAAUUAUGUUUCCUUAUUUAUUGCCUCCCUUGUAAACCAUCAGACAAAACUGGUACAUUGUACAUAAUAAAUAUCUACCGCAGUUUUUGUUCUUUGUGAUCACAGGAAUAAUAAAAAAUAUCCGAACAAUUCAUUUAUUAUUAAUUUGUUUUCAAUAUAUAAGUUUGUAAAAUAUUUUUAAGUAAUUCGAAUAACUAAGUAAAAUAUUACACUAUUAACUUUACUUAUAUGAAGAUUAUGUUUGGUCAGUUUGUAUUACCAAAGGCAGUUCAUUGCAGCUCAUCAAAUACCUUCUAAAUCCUGGGUAAAAUACUGAGAUAUUUACGUUUAACGACAUCAUGACUUUUCUAUCUAAUCUUGACAAGAAAGAUAAUCAUGAUUCGCGAAAUGUACAAUUAUUAAUACAGUUGUCUCCAUCCUGAUAAUAAUUUUGCGACAUUUAAGUUUCGUAUAUUUUUGGUGGUAGAUUAAGCCUACAGUUCAACAAAAAAUUGCUUGGCUCAACUCAAAGCUUGGAGAAAAAGAAAAGAUAUGAAAACAAUGAUGUCAUGUAAUAUGAUUUGCCGGUCAGGAUAGACAUCGCAGAACAGGACUUUAUCGCACUAUAGAAGCCUAUUGGAAAAUCGAUAGUGGUGUAUUGCCUAAGGAAGCAGGAAUUGCAUUUGCCAUGAUUUUUAGGUAAAUAUAAACAGAGUGUUAGGAUUAAUGUGACCUGUUUGUGAAAGGUUUGGAAAGUUUAAUUCAUAAAUUGUGUAUCAAUUAAGAAUUUUCAUUUUUAGGUAUUUUGUUAGGUUUCAUAUUGCCAGGCUGAUAAUAUUCAAAGCUAUAUUGAGUACAGACGCUGAUAUAUAUGAAUAAAUAGAUCAAAUAAGUGCAACUGAACAUGUUAAGUCAGCAGUAUUUUCUUCGCUUCAUUCAAAGCUUUAUAACAUAGCUCUCUCUUUCUCUCUGGUCAGAUUGCUCUAUGUUUGUACCAGCAGAAGGUGAAUGACGCCCUGUGUGGCAGCUCUUGUAUGUACAGUACACUUGAACUUGUUUAUCAUGAAAAUGGCGCUAUAAAAUCUGAAUUUCAAAUCUAUUGUAAGGUUAAUUGGAAUUAUUUAGCACAGUCGUGAACAGCUGCAAGUUCAAACUUCAAGAAGACAUGAAGAAAAGUAUAUUAUUUCUGUUACUACAAGGAUGUUCAUUUAAAUUGGUCGCAGCCCGACUAGACACCAUUGUCACUAGUAGCAGUUGUGAUGAAUACUAUAACAUGGAGGAUAUAAAGGAAGCGUAUGUGACGUAUAAUGGAACACGGUUAAAAGAAGAAGAGUGUAUUGUGCAGUUCAUAAACUAUCGGACGUUUACCAGACAAACCUGUGUUAAACCGUUAAGUUUACAGAUUAGCUGCAAUACAAAGGUGGAAUACUACAGGAUGUCUUUUAGUAUUUCUAAUAACUUGGAGCCAAAGAAGUUGAUUUCUUGUGCAAAUGCUUCCUACGAUGAAUGGUGUGGACCAACUAGAACGACUUAUCUAUAUAUUCUGUUCCGGACAUCUUGGGGGAGUUCUGAUGAUUAUAUCCAGCUACAUGUGUAUUUAAAAGACUUACCGAAAGAGGAUGAUCUACGGAACACAGAUACAAACGAUUCUACUUCCGACACAGCUACGUGGCCCUUAGUAAUUGGUGUUGCAUCAAUAUUUAUUGUUGGCAUUAUUUUUGUCAUAUCAUGUAAAAGAGCAUCGGAAAGACCUCCAUUAGUUUAUCAAACUACUGGCGGACAACUGAUCAUGCAGAUAGAUCAGGGAAACAUGAAUCCUGCACAGUCUAUGAUUGGUUGCCACCCUCCACAGCAACCUCAGGGCCAGCCACCAGUUGAUGGUAGUUUCCAGAUGUACCCUGUACAAAAUGCCUUUCCAGUGCCAACAAAGACAGAAGCUGAAUGUCAGAGCCAUGUCAGUUUUCAGAAUCCAUCAGCACCAUUAAGUGCCAGUGCAGAUCCGCCAUCAUAUGAAAGCGUGGCAAAAUAACUCUUGACUGCCGACAAAACUAGAAAGUUCUAGUUACCCUGGAAUCAAGAAAUACACGCGUUCUCAAUAACCGUUUCUGAAUACAUUUACUUGAAAUUAUGUUCAGCAAUGAUGAUAAAAAGAGCAAAAAUGUAAUUGAGACAGAUAUUUUAAAAAACAAAUGGAUAUAUACAAAAAUAAAUGGACAAAGAAAACAUGUGGAACACCGGCUUCGCUGGCAAAAACACCAGGGGGUGUUAGAACUGGUUAGCUGAACACAGUCUCACUGUUAUCCCUUACCUGUUCAAAACUUACAGAUAUCCCCUCUAGGUGAAUUCCUAUCAAACGUAAUGAUCACAAAAGGCAUGAUGUAACAAUUCAAGUGGAUUUAAAACCCUAAGUUAAAACGAUGUUAUUGUUGUUUGUGGAUAUUCCUCAACGGGAAAAAUGUAAUACUUGAUAUGGUAUAUUUUCCAUCUUAUUUACCUGCUAUUUAAAGAAUAAGCAUGUAAACCAGUUGAAUUGAUAUUGAUCCCCGCGGUGUUGGUAGAUAUGAACAUAGACUCUUUGUACAUUUUACAUAAUUGUAAAAUUGUUUUACAUGGAGCAUAUCGGUGUGAAUGUUAAGUGUCGGGGUGGUACUGCUGCAACAUAAUUAAAAAGAUAUUCCUGCUAGUGGUAGUUUGCUUUAAUUGUAAAUUUACAAUGGAAAAUGAACAUUGUGUUUUAUUACAAUACUAAUCGCAAAUGUUUACUGAUUGCUGUAUGCAAAAGUCUGUUGAAGGAGAGUAGGUAGUAACAAGAACACACUUAAUUAACAACAGCAUUAACUUAAAAUAAAGACACUACCAUUAAUUGAUCAGUUACUUAAGAACGAAAGAACCCGGGGGUAGAUCAUCUUGUUUGUCACACUUGCCUUGAAUUCAACGUGAAAUUGAAGCUACUUGGAAAAAAAUCUAGUUUUCUGCUGAUCAAACUACAAAUCUGGUAGCCAUCUUAUUAAUUUUGCGGGUUCUCAUAACAUAUCU